CUAUUAUCUACAUCCUCCAAAAUUGUGAAGAUGUUCAAUCAUUUAUUAGUGAACAUAAGAACAUUCUCUCAGAAAAAGGAGUUAGAAAUAUUGAUGAGAUUCACAAAUGUGAAUUCUCUUCCUGGUUUCACAAACGAGAUUAUAUUGAAGAUGGCAAGGAAAGGAAAAGCACGAGUUAGAAAUGAUUCAAAUUCAGAAACACAAAAUAAUCAAACGCCAAACCAAGUUGAUGAUGAAAAUGUUGAAAUUAAUCUUGACUGUUCAUUGCCAUCAUCUACUCGAGCUUCAAAUGAAAUAUGUUCUUCUUCAGCACCUCCAAAUAAAAGACAUAGAAAAGUUAAUGUGAGAGGAAAGGCUAAAGGUGUCAAGUCAGGAGAAGGAAUUGAAGUUGAGAUAUAUGACAAUAGCACAAAAGUGAUAAGAAUAAAAUUAAUCGAUCACAAUCUCAAAUCAUUCAUACUACUGGCAGAGUUUCGAUGGCCAAGCAUAGGAGUGACAUGGUUAAAGAGACAGGGUCAGAGCUAGGCCCAAUUGAUUGCUUUAAAAAAUUCCACACUAAAAAGGAUGGAGAGAGUUGGGCUACUGAGAAAGCAAAAGAUCUAUGGGAUCAAAUGGAUAAUAUUAGGUCAACUGCGACGUCUGAAGUUUCAAUAGUAAAUGAAUAGGAAAUAUAUCACAAUGUUACAGAAGAGCCUAGUCAUGGUCGUGUUCUUGGAUUAGGUACGGGUAUUCAAGGGAAAAAUGUGUAUGGUAGUAGUUCCUCUCAAACAUGUAGCAAAAGAUGCAAAGAAAUUCAAAAGAUGAAGGAAAGAGAAUGGGAGGACCGUU